UUGCUCUCUCGCAACGCCGAAUGGGCUGCCACAAAAGAUCCGACUUUCCUCGUAGACUCGAGCGACAGAGACCAGAGACCGCGGGUGAUGUGGAUCGGGUGCUCGGACUCGCGCGUGCCGGAGUCGGUCGUGACGAGGUCCAGGCCCGGGGACAUCUUCGUGCACCGCAACGUUGCCAAGUUAUUCAAUCCAGACGAGGACAGCGUCAUGACGGCGGUGACGUUCGCCAUCGAAGACAUCGGCCUCAACAACGUCGGCGUCGAGCACAUCGUCGUGGUCGGGCACACCAACUGCGGCGCCGCAAGCUAUGCGUCCGACGCGGCGGAGAACCCCUCUGCCGUCGACCGGCGUAGACCGAUGUACCGCUGGCUCCAGCCGCUCAUCCGGCUCGCGGGGACGGUGACAGGCAAGCGUACACAGAACCUCAUCAUCGCCAACAUUCAGGAACAGGUCGACAAGCUCGCUCAGAGCGAGCCAGUGAUCAGGGCGUGGGACAACCCGAACAGGCCGGCGCUCCAGAUUCACGGCUGGUUGUACGAGUUGAGUACAGGCCUACUCAGGGACCUAGAGAUCACC